AUGCUUACAAGGAACUGUUUAUCCCUGCUGCUCUGGGUCCUGUUUGAUGGAGGUCUCCUAACACCACUUCAACCUCAGCCACAGCAGACUUUAGCCACAGAACCAAGAGAGAAUGUUAUCCACCUACCAGGACAGCAAUCACAUUUCCACCGAGUUAAACGUGGCUGGGUAUGGAAUCAAUUUUUUGUGCUGGAGGAAUACAUGGGCUCCGAGCCUCAGUAUGUGGGAAAGCUCCAUUCUGACUUAGAUAAAGGAGAGGGCACUGUGAAAUACACCCUCUCGGGAGAUGGCGCUGGCACCGUUUUUACCAUUGAUGAAACUACAGGGGACAUUCAUGCCAUAAGGAGCCUGGAUAGAGAGGAAAAACCUUUCUAUACACUUCGUGCUCAGGCUGUGGACAUAGAAACCAGGAAGCCCCUGGAGCCUGAAUCAGAAUUCAUCAUCAAAGUGCAGGAUAUUAAUGAUAAUGAGCCGAAGUUUUUGGACGGACCUUACAUUGCUAGUGUUCCAGAAAUGUCUCCUGUGGGUGCAUAUGUUCUCCAAGUCAAGGCCACGGAUGCUGAUGACCCAACCUAUGGAAACAGUGCCAGAGUCGUUUACAGCAUUCUUCAGGGACAACCUUAUUUCUCUAUUGAUCCCAAGACAGGUGUUAUUAGAACAGCUUUGCCAAACAUGGACAGGGAAGUCAAAGAACAAUACCAAGUCCUCAUCCAAGCCAAGGAUAUGGGUGGACAGCUGGGAGGGCUAGCUGGAACGACAAUAGUCAACAUCACCCUCACAGAUGUCAAUGACAAUCCACCUCGAUUCCCCAAAAGCAUUUUCCACCUGAAAGUUCCCGAGUCUUCUCCUGUUGGCUCAGCUAUUGGAAGAAUAAGAGCUGUGGAUCCUGAUUUUGGACAAAAUGCAGAAAUUGAAUACAAUAUUGUUCCAGGAGAUGGAGGAAAUUUGUUUGACAUCGUCACAGAUGAGGACACACAAGAAGGAGUUAUCAAAUUGAAAAAGGCAUUAGAUUUUGAAACAAAGAAAGCUUACACUUUUAAAGUAGAGGCCUCCAACGUUCACCUGGACCACCGGUUUCACUCCGCGGGCCCUUUCAAGGACACGGCCACGGUGAAGAUCAGCGUGCUGGACGUGGACGAGCCGCCGGUGUUCAGCAAGCCGCUCUACACCAUGGAGGUUUAUGAAGACACUCCCGUAGGGACCAUCAUUGGUGCUGUCACUGCACAAGACCUGGACGUGGGCAGCAGUGCCGUUAGGUACCUCAUAGAUUGGAAGAGUGAUGGGGACAGCUACUUUACAAUAGACGCGACUGAAGGAACCAUCGCCACUAAUGAAUUACUAGACAGAGAAAGCACCGCGCAGUAUAAUUUCUCCAUAAUUGCGAGUAAAGUUAGUAACCCAUUAUUAACCAGCAGAGUCAACAUAUUAAUUAAUGUCCUAGAUGUCAAUGAAUUUCCUCCAGAAAUAUCUGUGCCAUAUGAGACAGCUGUGUGUGAAAAUGCCAAACCAGGACAGAUAAUUCAGAUAGUCAGUGCUGCAGACCGAGAUCUUUCACCUGCUGGACAGCAAUUCUCCUUUAAAUUAUCACCUGAAGCUGCCAUCAAACCAAAUUUUACAGUUCGUGACUUCAGAAACAACACAGCUGGAAUUGAAACCCGAAGAAAUGGAUACAGCCGCAGGCAGCAAGAGUUGUAUUUCCUCCCUGUAGUAAUAGAAGACAGCAGUUAUCCUGUUCAGAGCAGCACAAACACAAUGACUAUUCGAGUUUGUCGAUGUGACUCUGAUGGUACCAUCCUGUCUUGUAACGUGGAAGCAAUUUUUCUACCUGUAGGACUUAGCACUGGGGCUUUGAUUGCAAUCCUUCUGUGCAUUGUUAUACUCUUAGUCAUAGUUGUGCUGUAUGUAGCUCUGAGAAGGCAAAAGAAGAAAGACACCUUGAUGACCUCUAAGGAAGACAUCAGAGACAACGUUAUCCAUUAUGAUGAUGAAGGAGGUGGGGAGGAGGACACCCAGGCUUUCGACAUUGGUGCUCUGAGAAACCCAAAAGGGAUUGAAGAUAACAAAAUUCGCAGGGAUAUCAAACCAGAUUCUCUCUGUUUACCUCGUCAGAGACCACCAGUGGAAGAUAACACAGACAUAAGGGAUUUCAUUAAUCAAAGGCUACAAGAAAAUGAUGUGGACCCCACUGCCCCACCAUAUGAUUCAUUGGCAACAUAUGCCUAUGAAGGCAACGGAUCAGUCGCCGACUCUCUUAGCUCCAUAGAGUCUCUGACCACGGAGGCAGACCAGGACUACAACUACCUGACAGAUUGGGGACCCCGUUUUAAAGUCUUGGCAGACAUGUUUGGAGAAGAAGAGAGUUAUAACCCUGAUAAAGUCACUUAG